AUGGCGUCGAGCGUGAUUUUGCUCCUCAACAUGCUUGUCCAUGUCCUCUCGAUCAACAAUGCCACCAGCUCCAAUAAACUUGCAAUGAAGCUCAACAGUCCCGACGACGCGGACACCUUUGACGGUGGCAGCUCGACGGGUGUCUUGAUCUCGGAUGCGGUUGUCUACAGCCCAGUGGACUGCCUCACGGUUGCGUUUUUACCAGUCUACUGCCUUGGAACCAGUUCGUUCUAG